AUGGAUGAGGAGCUCCUUCUCGCUGAUUCACAGCCACAAGCAUUCGUCACCUCAAUACGCAGGCGUAUCGCCAGCACCAACUCCCGGGUCCGCAAGCGCCACAGACACCGCUCCCCCUUCAACAUCAACCUGCCCCUCCUCCUCCUGCACAGAAGAAGAAGAAUCCCCCGCCAACCGGCCGGACCAGCCUCCUCCUCCAGGAUGGCCACCUACACCUACUACGAGUGCCUGCUCCACGAGCCGGGGCAGGCCAUCAUCUUCGUGGACCACGGGGGCGGGCAGGGCUCGGUGCUGCACGUGCACAUGGACGGGAGCAGCCUGCACUACUCGGCGCCGCGGCGGGCGUACGCGGCCAUCGAGGAGCACGUCAGGGACAGGAGGGCGGUCGGGACGGUGCCCGCGGAGGGCGGGGACGAGCGGGUGCGGGAGGUGGCGGGCCGGCUGGCGCUGCCGAGGCGAGGAGGGGUGGAGGAGUGGCUCGGGGAGGUGAGGGGCCAGCUGGUUGAGGAGAAUGUCUUGUCUGCUUCUGGUGGGGGGUGUGCUGGUGUGUAA